UUAGAAAAAUUAAAUUUCGUAUAAUAUUUUUAGUACUGCCCAGCUCUAAAGUGUUACAUAUACGCCCGAUCAAAAUAAAAACUCAUUAAAUUUUACCAUUGUCAAAAAAUUCGAUUGAAACUUCGAUUCGUUUGGGUGAAUUAAUGUUUGAUAAAAUAAACCAUGGCUGAUUCAAAGUACGCUGACUUGCCCGGAAUUGCUUACGACCAAGUAGAUGUUUACGAGACCACAGAUUUACCUGAAUCUGAACAGUAUUCUAACGACAAUGAGGACGAAACCGAAUCCAUUGAAAAGUUACACAUUAAUGCGAGUGAAGCUUUCAAUAAAUUUAAAGGAAAAAGUGUUGCCACUAAAGGUGUAGAUUUUUCUGACAAGAUUUCAGGAAAACCAAGGACUGGAUACAAUGCAGUCUUUGGAGUAUGGGAACUUCCUGGUGAAGGAGAACAAGAGACACUGAUACAAAAAUAUCAACGACUUCAAUGUGAAAUAAAGGAACUUUAUGACGAAGUUAAUGUACUCAAAGAGAAUGCUAAAGAAGAAGGAGAAGUUAAAAACGCAGCCGACAUUUUGGUUCAGGUGGAAGAUAUAGGGAAACAAUUGAGUAUUUUACGAAUCGAUGAAUGCCUUGGGACUGAUUUAGUUUCUACAUUGACUGAUCCUCAAGGAACAAGAUUCAAACAACUAGAAUUACAAAUAGAACAAUUUAAAAAUGUUGGCACCGUUGAUAAGAAGCCAAGUGAAAAAGGUUCAGGACAAACUGAUAAAGUUCCACCAAGUGGAACAUUAAAGUAUGAGAUGAUUUAUUUACCUGAAAGAGCCAGAAUGCAAGAAACAGCAAGAAUUGCUCAACUGGAGCAACGUUUAGCACGAUUGGAAGGUGUAGUGGGUUCAGGUGAUGACAAACUUGCUAAAUUUACGCCAAACCUUAAGACACAAGGAGUUAUUGAAGCUAUACAACAGCUUGCUGCUAAAUCUGCAUUGCUAGACAGUACUCAAGUGGAAGUUAUGGAAGGUAGAAUCGCAACUUUAUGCCAUCGAUUGGAUUCAGUAGCUCAGAAAAAAUCGGCAUUAUCUGCCGACACCGAGCGUGAUCAAAAGAUUGCAGAAAUGUAUAACAUAGUGCAAAAAACAGAGCCUAUGGCUCAAGUUCUACCAGAAACUAUUGAAAGAAUGAUUGCUUUAAAUGCUAUUCAUUCUAGAGCCGCGGAGUUUAGUAAAUCUUUGAGUCAGCUGGAAGAGGUUCAAUCACAAAUAACAGGUAGCCUGGAGAGUAAUAAAUCUGUACUCAAGGGCAUUCAAGAAAGUUUUGCGUCAAAUUUGGAAGCAAUACGCAAAAACAUCAUUCAUCUAGAAGAGCGUCUCACUAAAUUAAAAAAAUAAACAACCCAUUGUUAUUACCAUUCUAAUAUAUGAAACAAUUUUUUUAUGCAACUAAUUUUUCUUAUUUGAAUAAUGAAAUGCUUAGUGUAAAUAUUAUAUCUUAAAUUGAUCACGCUUAUUGUAUUCGAAAUCCGGUUUAAAUAUCGGAACAUGUUACACUUAGAUAUGAUCGAAUAAAUAAAUAGUCCAUAUUA